AUGUUACGAAGAGUGGCUGCCUCAUGUCUCCGCAGAUUUAGCACAGUUUCCCCUUAUUAUGAAGAACAUUACCAAUAUAUUGGAAACCCUGAUUUAGAAGAAUUUCAGAAAUUCAUGCUUGGAGAGCGCAAAAAAUUAGUCCAAGACACCACAAUUUUUAAGCCAAAAGAACAGAUUGAGUUUAAUAGGACUGGGGAACUUCUUCUUUAUGAAGCUGAACCAUUCAGACUUAAAGACGUGCUAACUCCUUAUCCUUACUCUGUUUGGAGCUGGUCAAUGCCUUCAUUUCUUUAUAUGUAUUUUGCAAAUCCAUUUGGCUUGACAUGGCUCUAUAACGAUUUAUUUCUUUUAGCUGGGCUUUGGGGUUGGUACCCUCAAGUGGAAUAUUCUUAGUUUUUCUAAAUAGCCUAUUAUAAAUACCAAUAAAUUAAUUUAUCUCUAAAAGGCAUAUGUUUUUAAUCUCAGAUAUCACAUCAAUAGACUCUGGCUGCUAAGAGGAGGAAAAGUCUUAAAAGUAGAGCAUUCUAAUGUGACAGGAUACAGGUGGAAAUCCUGGAUUUUUAUUGAUGAAAUUAACCUUUUGACAGAAGAUAAAAAAAAACUAGAGCCUGAAAAAGGAAUUAAUGCUAAAAUUCUUGAUGAUAACAACCAGCUGAAGGCAGAAACUCAUAUCCAAGUCGAUAACUUUGUAGAUGUAGGGAGAAACAUGCAGGAUCAUAUUUUAGUUCUCUGCAAAGAUGGGCAGGUCCAUAACCCUGAAAUCUUAGAUGCAGUGCUAAAAGGCUUUGAAGUUGAUACCAGCAACUUCAGAAUCAACACCUUGCACACUGAAAGAUGGCUGGAGCCUAACACUAACUCAUAA